AUGCCCCCCCCAAACCCACCUAAAAAGAAGACUUCUCCAGAGGUUCGGUGCCUCGUGGGCGCAUUUGCCCAGCCAGCUGCAGUUUCGCCGGCACUCCAGCGCUGGUUACAGUGGAUUCUAGCGCCUCUAGCGCAUCCCGCUGCUUGCCUGCCCGUGUUCCAGCCAGGGAUGGGAGCUGCACGUGACCGUGGACCAGCAUUCCAGCCAAUGGUAUUGCACAAAAUGGCACACGGACCCGCUUCUACUGUGGAGUUCUGGGACACACUGAACGCUGGUCAGUGGUCGAUUAGUCGAUACACGGCAGCCUUCUCAAUUGCUAGUGGCAAGUCCAGCUCCAGCUCGUGGAUUCACAACGGCCAGGCAAGUGCAAGAAAAUAUUGCCGUUGGCCACAAAGACGCAAGGCACCAGGAAAAAAAAAGAGAGGGCAACCAACCAAGCCAGCAAGCCAGCCAGCCAAGCCGCUGCCAAAACUAAUCACACCUUUCGGCCCAAGUUCCUCCUCCUCCUUCCUCGUCAACAGCUUAUAUCUUCCCCGACCAGUGCGACCCGCCAACGCAGCUUCAUUCGCUGCCCCGAUUGCCCUCUUCUCAGCCUUGAUUCAUCCUGCCCGGCGCCGCAUGGACGGGUCCUCUGUCACCCGCGGGGGAUCCGCCGCCCAGAGCCCGACCAGCCCGGCCAGCUCCCGCCACGGCAAUGGCGCCCACAAGCGAAAGCGAAGCAUAGGCGUGCCCGCGCACCUCGAGAGCAGUCCAGGCAGCGGCAACGAGGACGACCACCCCGAUAACGACAAGAAGCGGCAGCCAGGCGUCAAGCGAGCCUGUAACGAGUGUCGCCAGCAAAAGCUCCGCUGCAAUGUUGUACAAGAUCCCUUCCAGAGCUGCUCUCGCUGCAUCCGCCUCAAGCUCGACUGCAAGAUCGAGUCCAACUUCAAGCGUGUAGGCAAGCGCUCCAAGCACGCCGAGAUGGAAAAGGAAAUCGACCGACUCCGACGAAACCUCAGUCACGCCCAAGCCCAAGGAUACUCGAUGGACGACGGCGAAGAAGUCGCCUCGCCUGCCACCACCACCCCCAACUACAGCCAUACCCGCCAUCCCUCUCUCAUCUCGGACGAGGCCGUCAAUUCUCUCCUCAACCUCAAGCGUGGAGGAGGUCCUUAUGGCUUGCCGCACUACUCCCAUGAGCUUGAGACCGUGCGCCUUACCGACGAGCACGUCACCCACCUCUUCAACGAGUUCUUCGCUUUCUACCACCCCUUCCUGCCAUUCUUGAACCCGGCCCAGCCUCCGGAUCAGUACUUUCAACAGCACCCACUCUUGUUUUGGUCCAUUGUUGCUGUCGCCGCCCGCCGAUUUAGUCCCGAAGGCUCGCCCGACUUGAUCAAGAAUUUAUCCGACCCCUUGACUCGAUUCUUAUGGACAACCAUCGGUGAAGUGCCCAGCAGUUACUAUGUUGUCAAAGCGAUGUGUUUGCUGUGCGCAUGGCCACUGCCUACCAGUACCACGUCCUCUGAUCCCACCCACAUUCUGUGCGGUGUCAUGAUGAAGACAGCGACGGGCAUUGGUCUGCAUCGUCCGAACAACAUCCAAGACUUUUCGCGAACGUCGGUUGAACUUAACAGGGAACAGCUGGCAGAUCGCGUUACGACGUGGGCUGUUUGCAACAUUGUCGCUCAAAACGUCGGGACAGGCUAUGGCCAGCCCGCCUCGACCCUCUACGACUGGACAUUGGCUUUGCGGCCGGGGGACGAUGCCGCCUUUCGCUUGACCCCCGAACUCGAAGCCCGUUUACAGAUUGAGCGAUUCUGCGAUAAGGUGUCCAAGGAGAUGUAUAGCAAUGCAAGUGACCCCAGGGGAGUUGCUGGCGACGAGCAUCGUGCCAUGUUGAUGCGCGUCUAUCGUCGAGACUAUGCAGAACUACAUGCAUCUGUCAUGUCUCAGAGUCUUGGCCCCAUUGUCGGCCUUCACUUGCGCGCAGCCGGACUGCACAUGCGACUCGCUGGCUUCUUUGACUCGAGCAAAACGCCAGGCUACAUGGAUGACCUCGUGGGCCUCUGGCGCGCAACAACCAGCUUUCUCGAUGAACUUCUGGAGGCUGACAAGGUAACGUCGCCGCGGGAUAAUUUCCACGGCACCUUCCUGCUCUACGCCACCAACUUCAUCCAGCAGAUGCUCGUUGCAGCUGCCUUUACAGUCCUCAAGCUCAUGCGAUCCUUCUUUGCUAAGACGAUCGAUUUUCACCGUGGCGGCACGCUAUUCCAUCUCUCGAUUCGAGCCAUCCGACAGACCAGCGUUGUGAACAAUGAUCUUCAAUACCGCUUGGCGGAAUUGAUGAUGCAAAUGUGGAAUGGCGCCCGCUUGGACAUCAACAACCCCGCCUUCAACCGCGAGGAUGAGACACCAAUCCAGAUGGACGAUAGCUUGCAGCUCAAGGUUCGCUGCCGUCACAGCAUGAGUCUUGUGUUCGACUCGGUCUGGCGAUGGCGAGAGGAAUACCAAGCAAACGGGCGCGGUACCUUGGAGGGCGCCGCGAUGAAGAACCCAACCAACCCAGAUUCCGCCAACGAAUCGUCGGCCGCGUCAUCCCAGCUCGAGAGCACGCUCAUAGCCAUAGCCACGCCCACGCCUAAUAUGCUUCCUACGACGGCUGCGUUGACACCAGGCGCCACGGGUCUUUCGGCGGCCACGCCAGUUACUUCUAACCCAAUGAUCGGCGGCGUCAACUAUGGCGACGCCAACUUUGACUUUUUCGAUCCUCAGCACUGGAUGCUGGACGGCUUGUUAGAUUUCAACUAUUCGUAUGCGCCUGCUCUCGAAGGUGCUUAG